AUGGAUGUUAUUAUAAACCACACAAACCCUAAUCAUAACAAAGACGACGAUGAAAAAGAAGACGAAACCCUGAUUCCGGGUCUUCCCGACGAGCUCGCUACACUUUGCCUCGCGAAAUCCGCUAUCCCGCCCACCGUCCUCUUCUCCGUCUGCCGCGCAUGGCGGCGUGUGCUCUACUCUCCGGCCUACCCCGCACACUUCUCCCUCUACGCCCUCCUCUCCCCAACUAAUCACCAAAAUGCCACCGCCGGGAACAUCGGCGUCGAGUUCUUCACCUACGACCCGAUAUACGCCACGUGGCACUCCCUUCCUCCCCCUCCGCCGUCGGAUCCUCCGGUCACUUUCCUACGCCGUCACCCUUCUUUCUUGUCACGUAGCUUUCCCAUUCAGUCCGUCACUGUUUCCCAACGCCUUGUUAUCGUCGCCGCCACCACGCACGGUUUUGCUCCAGCCCUCGAGAGGCCGUUGGUCUUUGACCCGCGGUCGAACCGGUGGUUCAACGGGCCGCCGCUGGCGAUGUAG